UCCAAAAUGACACAAGUAAGCUCGAACCUUAUUUCAUAACGUUGGCUGGCUCGCACCUCAAUGCAAACCGUUGGAUCUUUUCUGCUGGCCUUCUCUCGCUAAUUUCACGACAGAGGUGAAGGUGCUGACAAUGACCAUAGCGGUAGUCCUCAGUAUACCUGUUGAUUGAAAUAACUUCUUCCAGCCUCGUCGUCUUUCGUGAACAACAGUUCGCAACAGCAAGGCCAUAGCUAUACUAGUUCCCUUGGUGGGUAUACGGCGGAAAGUCUUAAGACCUCAAGAAGGAAGGAAUUAUCCCAAGGGUAUCAUUGCCAUAAUAAUUUUCGCACAAUGACGAUACUAAUACGGCCAUCCAAGAAUCACCACUGCUUUUGGGCGGUUGUCAUUGGGAUCCUCCUGGCCCUGGCAGGCACAAAUGGAGAUCGGGUUGGUUUGGAAAAUGCAGUCUCCCAAAAAGCGGCUGAUGAGUCAAUUGUUCUGGAUGAUACUAAAGACAAAAGAAAGGCAGUCACUCAACUAAGACACGACAAUUCAAAUGUUGAUGAUACUAAUAAUAGAAAUGUGGCCCACAGAAUACUCGAUAAUGAGGGCGGCGAUGGUGAUGGAGAAGAUGGUGAUGGUGGAGAAGAUGGCGGAGAUGGUGAUGGCGGAGAAGACGGAGGAGAUGGUGAUGGCGACGGCGAUGGCGAAGGAAAUGAGGAUGGAGGGGACGGAGAAACUGAAGAAGGAGGAGAUGGCGAUGGGGGAGACGGAGACACCGAAGAAGAAGGAACUAAGGAUGAGGUGAUGGUGAUGGUGGGGAGGAAGGAGGUGAUGGCGACGGAGAGGAUGGUGAUGGUGGCGAGGAUGGAGGAGAUGGAGAUGGGCACCGAAGCAAAUGCAGAUGGAGGAGGAACUGUAGAUGGAAAAAACGGCAAAGACACCACCAAAGCAGAAACAAAAGCCAACAAGGACACAACAGAAAAAGACAACAACGCUGACUCAGAAACAACCGCUGGUGCUGAAGAAAAAGGAGAAGGAAACGUGGCUGACGAAGUAGAUGAAGGAAACGGUGACGAGGACAAUGAAGGUGAAGAUCAGGGAGACAAGGAAGAAGCUUCCAAAAUCGACCAUGACAGCGAUGGUGGUGCCGAAACUGAACCCUCGGAAAAAGGGGGAGAAACUGCAGAGCCUGGUGGUACGGAUGACGAUGACGAAUCUGGCGGAAAAGGCAUGCUUGGACUUGGUUUUGUUGUUCUAGUUGGCGUCGCUGUCUAUUUCAAGUUCGUUCGAAAGGGAGGUUCCUCGGCCGCAAUGCCUGGUUCAGCACACAGACCCAGCACCCGAUCCAAAUAUCAAGAAGUUGCUACCAUGGAGGAAGACGACGGCGACGAUUGGGGGUGGGGCGACAAUAACGACGACGUGGGCGACGUGGAAUUGGCUUCGUCCGAUGCGUCUGUCGAUAUGCCGAUACCGUCUCCAUCUGGAUUGGCACUCAAACAACGAUCACCAUCCAUAGAAAAGAAAGAAGUUGUAUCGUUCGGUCGGCACAAUAAUAAAAUACCCUCUCCCCGACAACAGGCAAAGUCACCACUACAACAAUCAUCAUCAUUCCAAUCGUCGCAAGCAGCACCCGCAUCAGCACCCUCACAAUAUCAGGUUCCAACGCAACGCAUCACGCAAUUGGGUGUCCCCAACUUGGGCACCACGACCAAGAAAACGCCGUCCCGUCCCAAGAAACAAGAAGACGACAUUUUUGCUUCCAUGGGUCUUUCCGCGCAACCCAAAUUUCAACAACCCGCGAAACCUGCCGUGCGACCUCCAUCGAGUGGUGGUUGGGGAGGCGCCUUGGCAGUGCCUUCUGCUUCUACAGGAGAGGUCUGGGAUGAUGAUGGUGACCUGGACGACCUGCUGGAUGAUUAA